GCUGUUCUACAAUUGUUCAAACGCCUCUGCACUGUCGUCUAGGUUGGUCUGUGAUUGACUGAAUGCUCUGCAGCACAAAACAAAAACAAACAAAAAAAUAAUAGAAAAAGUCAGACACACGCUAAACAAAAAUGUCGCAGGUUAAAAAGAACGAAAAGGUCGGCAUUGUGGGCAGCGGUCUCAUUGGACGCUCCUGGUCGAUGCUGUUCGCCUCUGUGGGAUAUCAGGUGAUGCUCUACGAUAUCCUGCCAGAGCAGGUAUCCACAGCACUGACGGCCACACAAAAGGAGCUGCUGGAUCUGGAGGCCAAGGGACUGCUGCGUGGCACACUGAAUGCCAAGCAACAGUUUAGCUGCAUGUCGGGCACCAAUGACAUCAAGGAGCUGGUCAAGGGUGCCAUCUUCAUCCAGGAGUGCAUACCCGAGCGCCUGGACCUCAAGAAAGCGCUCUACAAGCAGCUGGAUGCUGUUGUCGAUGCCAAUACCAUACUCUCCAGCUCAACGAGCACCUUCCUGCCGUCUCUUUUCAGUUCGGAUCUGAAGAACAGGCAGAACGUUGUGGUCUCACACCCCGUCAAUCCACCUUACUAUGUUCCUUUGGUGGAAAUUGUGCCAGCGCCAUGGACCAAACCGGAAUUCGUGAUCAAGACCCGUGCAUUGAUGGACGAAAUUGGCCAGAAGCCGGUGACGCUGUCGCGUGAGAUUGAGGGCUUUGCCCUAAACCGUAUACAGUAUGCCAUAUUGAAUGAGACCUGGCGUCUGGUGGAGGCUGGCAUCCUGAAUGUCAAGGAUAUCGACAGUGUGAUGAGCGAUGGCCUGGGCAUGCGUUAUGCCUUCCUGGGGCCCCUGGAGACGGCCCAUCUGAAUGCCGAGGGCAUGGCCAACUAUUUUGAGCGCUACUCAAAGACCAUUUACAGCGUCAGCGAGACCAUGGGACCCACACCAAAAAUGGAGGGCCCUGUGGCCGAGGAGGUGGCCAAACAGCUCAACGAAAUGGUGGCGCUCGACAAGCUGGCCGAGCGACGCACCUAUCGCGAUAAUUGCCUGACACAUUUGAGCAUACUCAAGAGUAAGCUGAAUAAACAGUAAAUGCCAUUCAUCCAUGCCCCACCCUCCACAAUUCUUGUGUUACAUUUUUUUUUUGCUUUUCGUUAGCCUCAAUCUAUGUUACAAUAAAUCAAUUUUUGAAUAACUAAA